CGCCGCACGUACCACCCCGUGACGGCACCGAGACACUGCUGGAGCCAUCCCGAAAGCGGAGAAAGCGGCUUCAGGACCGCACGUGCCUGGCCCCAGGAGCAGCAGCUACGAAGGCGGCCAGACAGCCUCUCCCUUCUCUCGGGCACUGCACCCCUCCCCAACCCCGUUUGCUGCCUGCACGGUCGCAGCCGUGGGACCGCAGCGCGCACACGGAGCCGAGAUGGAGCUGAACGAGAUGAUCCACAAGGGUUCUUCCGACUCCGUGCCCAUGUGCGUCUUUUCUUGCUGAUGGGGCCGUAGCUCAGUCGACCUGCCGAGGGCAUCUGCUGUGUGUGCAGAAGGUCCCAGGUUCCGUCCCUGGCCACGUCUCCAGGCUGGCAGCAUGCAUCUGAUCACAUCGACGCUAGGGAAGGUACUACGAUGGAUGGCAGGAAAUGCCCACUGGAAUGUGCUCGUCCCCUCCAAAUGGCUGUAGGAAACUUGGCAUUUCCGAAGGGCCACUGGAAACUUGUUCUAUGGAGCUGUCCAUGGUGCUGAAAUCUGCCUCGCCUUGCCUUGCCUUCUGGACCUCACGGUUUCUUGUCUUCGGGAUGGGACCAGAACUCAUGACAAAUUGCCCCCACUAACAGAGGCGAUGGUGUGUGUGUGUGUAUGUGUGUGUGUAGUGGGAGGAGUCUUAUAAGAACAGACAAAGAGCUGUCCUGGAUGAAACCGAAGCCCCUAUUUAGGCCAAAGUCCUGUGUUCCAAGGUCUGUCUAGACCAGCCAGGUAUUCCUGGGGGCCCAUAGCAAGCAGAAGUAAGCAAAUCUGGAUUCUCUUCUGUCCACAGGUCGGUGGUCCUUGGCUGGCUUCUCGGUGGUUUGGGAGAUGCUAGGCUGCCCCAGAAAGGGGACAAAGGGACUCACAGAGAGAAGCCGUUGCCCAUUCUACGGACAGGGAUGUUGGCCGAAUAAACUCUAUCGCAUUUAAGUCCUGCAAUACAUGAACCUAGCAAUGGACUGAAUUGAGUGUUCCUAACGCAGGUACAAUUAAAAAAAAUAAAUCUGAAAAUUCUCAUCUUUCCCAAGUGAGGAGACAUUUCUGUUUAGCCAAAUAUUUAGAAGUGAGAACACUGAGCUACGCCAAGAUUUCUGGGCUAUCCGUGGCCCGUGGAGAGACUCUUCUCGGACAGCACAAAACCUACCGUGCGUUCUUCACGGCCGCCACAGUCCCCUGACGCAACGGAGCGUGCCCGCCACUCAGUUCGGAGCAGAGCCUGGGCCGCUCCAGGGUCCUGGUGACUCUGCCCAAGCAGGGAGCCAUGCCCCAAAUGGGCCAACUUUGCCGGAGCUUUGGAAGAGUCAGGCUUCCCAGGGGACCGGCGGAGGCCCAGCCAGCUUGGGAACCGCAGGUCCAGCCAGGAUCUUUGUGCCAGUUUGGAGUCAGAGGCCACCUCCCUCUCGGGAAAGCUUGACACUGGGCCUGAUGAACGCCACCUUCCAGAUGAAGGUCAGCAAGAUGGUGGAGACAGGGCUGUCCGUCAUGAGCAACCAAAGCGAUGAGAAGCCCGACGGGGUAGAAGAUCUCUCGGCCCAAGGUGGAGCCAAUGGGACUUUCCCAGGAGAGGAGGUCUUCCAGCUGCCCACUUUCUCCACUGCGGCCAAAGUCCGAGUGGCCGUCACCGUCGGCCUCUUCUUCUCCUCGGCCUGCUUCAACAUCGCUGUGCUCUGGACUGUCACCCAGAAAUACCAGAGGCGGCCCCAUGUCCGUAUCCUCCUCCUGAACCUGGCGGUGGCCGACCUACUAGUGACAUUCGUGGUCAUGCCCUUGGAUGCGGCGUGGAACGUGACCGUGCAGUGGUACGCGGGAGAUCUGGCCUGCCGGCUGCUCAUGUUCCUCAAGCUGGCGGCCAUGUACGCUUCGGCCUUUGUCACCGUGGUGAUCAGCUUGGACCGCCGGGCGGCCAUCUUGCACCCCCUGAGUGUCGGCGAGGCCAAAAGGAGGAACAAGGCCAUGCUCUGCGUGGCUUGGGCCUUGAGCCUGCUUCUGGCGUUGCCUCAGAUGUUUGUCUUCCGCACCGUCAGCCGGCUGCAACCUGUCCAUUUCAUCCAGUGUGCCACCGUGGGAAGCUUCCAGGCUCACUGGCAGGAGACCCUCUACAACAUGUUCACUUUCGGCUGCCUCUUCCUCCUGCCGCUUCUGAUCAUGGUCUUCUGCUACUCGCGCAUCUUCAUCGAGAUCUCAGGAAAGAUGAAGAAAGCUUGUGCGUCGUCCAAGUCACGCGAGGUCCACCUCCGUCGCUCCCACAACAACAUCCCCCGGGUGAGGAUGCGCACCCUGAAGAUGUCGAUGCUCAUCGUCCUGACCUUCGUGGUCUGCUGGACGCCCUACUACCUGCUGGGCCUGUGGUACUGGUUCUCCCCGGAGAUGCUGACCCGCGAGCUGGUGCCUCCCUCCCUCAGCCACAUCCUCUUCCUCUUCGGCCUCUUCAACACGUGCCUUGACCCCCUCGUUUACAGCCUCUUCACCGCCCACUUCCGGGCAGAGAGCAGGCGGGCCUGCUGCUGUGCCCAGCGGAAGGAGGAAGCAGAGGUGGCUUCGGUCUUCACCACCUCCUUCCGGGUCUCCACCACGAGUGCGGGACCCCGGAGGCAGCCGGGGAGGAACUGGAAGCAUCCGGUGGAGGUGGCCGUGGCAGAAAGCCCACCGGGCAGAAAGCUGGAGACGGACCAGAGGCGGAUGGCCCAGAGCAUCAUCUGAGAAGACGCAAGGGAAGGGGCUGAUCCAGGCCACGGUCCUCACUUUGCUUUGCUCCUGGAAGCGGGCAGUGGAGGGCGAGCGGGCUAUAGCAUUGGGGGAGUAUCCUGACACUCAG